UCAGCGAGGAAAUUUUCUUAGAUGACUACUUCUACAUUAACUUUUUUCUAAGUUAAAAAAAAAGUAGUCUGCUAUAUAAUAACAUUGCAACAAUUGUUGAAAUUGCAUUUGUCUAUGCGUAUGCUUGUGAAUGGUGCUGCAUCUUCCAUUUGUUCGUAAACAGCUUCAAUGAACCCAAAUGCACCUGUUGAGAUUGCAAGCCCAGGGCUGCCAGCACAAAUCUCCACAUUCGCAGUGCUUGACCUGGAAACGUCGAAUUUGCCAGUGCAUAACCGUAAUCGGGUUAGCAUCACCGAACUUUGCAUCUACGCAUUCGAUCCUGCAGUUUUAAAAGGCAGCGCAGAAACGCAGGAGGAGCUGCAAACACUGGGCAGGAUUUCAUCACCGAUCCUCACGAAUAGGGUACCAGAGCCGCCGAGAGUAAUGCACAAGCUUAAUUUACUAUUCCAGCCGUCAAUGAUGGUGCAUCCGGACGCAGAGAGAGUCACAGGUUUAAAUAACUACAUACUGGAACGCGAAUCAAAGCUGGACGAGAACGCGGCCCAUAUUGUAUUGAAAUUCUUGGAGCAUUUGCCCCCACCAGUUUGUCUGGUGGCACAUAAUGGCUGGGAGUUUGAUUUUCCCAUUGUUAGGAACGUAUUUGAGAAGUUAAAGUUGAAUUCACCCCCAUCCAUUCUGUGUGUGGACUCGUUGCGCGCCUUUAUGGAAAUCGAUGAUAAACUAUCAGUGAAAAAUGAGGAUUUACCGCCUAAUUUUAAUAUUGAACCGAAGCAGACAUCAGAAUCAAACACAAACUGGCAGGCAGUUAACGAAACAACACCGAAGCGACCAAUUCUGUCGCAAGAAAAUGCUAGUCUCAAGCGCAAGAUUUUAAACGAUGAAGAUGACGAUAAAGAUGCAGACACAAUUUGUUCGGAUGCCAAGCGUAGUUCAGGAGACUUGCGAGUACGCCGACAACUAUUCACUGGCCUGAAAUGUGCGCAAACUAAACGUUAUCCACCACGCGGACGGUAUAGAUUAUCCCAUCUAUAUGAACGCACAUUCGAGCAGCCGGCAGAAAAUUGUCAUCAAGCUGAAGCGGAUGUAAUAAUGCUCACAAGGCUCAUUCAACGCUAUGGUGUUGAUUUUCUUGCAUUUGCCGAGGAGCAAGCCAUUCCAUUCAAAGAUGUUGUACCACUUGGUAGCAAGUCUUCAAAAUAGUAUUCAUUUUUGGUGUACACGUUGCAAGCCAUUCCAUUCAAAGUUGGUGUACCACUUGUCUUCUUCUAUGCAGUAUAAAUUUUAAAUACAGAACACCUGCGUGAUUAUUUGAAAGUGUUAAUAUUUUUAAAUAGCGCAAUAUAUUUUUAUAU